UUAAGCUUGGGUUUACAGGUUGUAAAACUCGCAAAGAUACCUAUAAAGAGAUCUACGCUUGCCGCCCUUAGUUGGCUUAUACGAAGGAAAAUUUGUGUAUUUAUUUUUGUUGUGACUGAAAAAGCAUUACAAAAUGUCAUCUAAAUCAAAAAAGACUGUAACAUCUUCAACCAAUAUAAGUGUUGUGUCUUCAGUGCAAAGCCCUCCUCAGUCGAGCACUCCUGUUGGUAGCCGCCCUUCUAGUUCUGCCGGCCGGCCAAGCAGCCCUUUGAGUCCUACGAGACAUACGCGUCUACAGGAGAAAGAUGCUUUACAAAAUCUUAAUGACCGCCUCGCGGCUUAUAUUGAUAAAGUUCGUCAACUUGAAAGUGAAAACUCUGGCCUGCGUCGAGAGAUUCAAACUACACAGGAGGUGGUCACACGCGAGGUAUCCAAUAUAAAGGGAAUGUACGAGCAUGAGCUUCAAGACGCCAGAAAAUUAUUAGAUGAUACAUCUAGAGAGAAGGCUAAAUUGGAAAUCGAUUUGAAGAGGUUGUACGAGGAAAACGAUGACCUUAAGAAACGUUUGGACAAGAAGACCAAGGAUUGUCAGCAGGCAGAAAAUUUGGCGCGCCACUACGAGACGCGUUUCACGGAAGAAAGUAAUAAGUACAAUACUGCCCUUGCCGACAAGAAGAAGGCUCAAGAUGAGGCCAGGGAACUCGCUAAAGAGUUGGAGAAACUACGUAAAGUAUACGCGGAUACUCGCAAGACUCUCGAAGAGGAGAUGCUUUGCCGCAUCGACAUGGAGAACACAGUACAGAGCCUCCGCGAGGAGUUGUCCUUUAAGGACCAAGUUUUCCAGCAGGAGUUACAAGAGACGCGUACAAGGCGCCAGGUGGAGAUCUCGGAAAUUGAUGGACGCCUCGCUCAGCAAUAUGAGGCUAAACUACAACAAAGCCUGCAAGAACUACGUGAACAACAAGAAGCCAACAUCAAGGCUAAUCGUGAAGAAAUUGAAGCUCUCUAUGAAAAUAAGAUGAAAAACCUGCAGUCGGCCGCGAACCGCAACAGCACGGCGGCGACAGUGGCCGUGGAGGAGCUGCGCACCAUGCGUACGCGCAUCGACAGCCUCAACGCCACGCUCAACGACCUCGAGAAUAAGAAUGCUUCCCUCAGUAACCGUUGCCGCGAGUUGGAACGCCAGUUGGAAUCUGAACGCGCUCGCCACGCCGAGGACUUGGCCUCAUUGGAACAGGAGCUGGCGCGUCUGCGGGAUGAAAUGGCAGCCCAGCUGCGGGAGUACGCCACCCUGAUGGACAUCAAGAUAUCGCUGGACCACGAGAUCGCGACCUACCGCGCGCUCAUCGAGGGCGAGGAAGACAGGCUGAACCUGACGUCCCAAUCCCCCGGCCGCGAGUCUCGCGCCUCAAUGACGUCAGCGAGUGUGAGCGGAGGCCGCAUCACGCCCGGACGCCGCGCGACCCCACUGCGGGCCGCUCGCAAACGCACUCUGCUGGAUGAGAGCGAGGAACGCAGCUUGCAAGACUUCAGCGUGACUUCCAGCGCUAAGGGAGACCUAGAGGUCGCCGAGGCUUGCCCCGAUGGCACCUUCGUUAAGAUUAGGAACAAGGGAAAAAAGGAGCAAAGCCUGGGUGGCUACCAGAUCCUACGCAAGGCGGGUGACCAGGAGACGGUAUUCAAAUUCCAUCGCACGGUGAAGCUAGAGCCAGGCGCGAUCGCUACCGUAUGGUCCGCAGACGCCGGCGUCGACCACGACCCCCCGCGAGACAUCGUUAUGAAGGGACAGAAGUGGUUUGUGGCUGACAGCUUCACCACCGCUCUGCUCAACACCGACCAGGAGGAAGUAGCAGUGUCUGAGCGCCAGCGACGACAAAUCAGCACAAGCGCACAGCGACACCGCGAGCUUGCGCACAAAUUCCCUCGUCGUGAGCAGCUGGGAGAAGUUCGUGAAGGUGAAGAGAAUUGCCGUAUAAUGUAACGCAGAAAAAAUAAAGCGCCACGUUGUCGUCGGCGCAAAAGUAUUCAUUACACGGUGCCUCAUCACCUCCUCCUUAGAUUUCAAUUUCGCCCAAUGGGCUACCUCUCAAUAUACCUACAUAACGUGAGAACAGUGCUAGUGUGCUUCGGUAGAUGGGUAAGAUUGAAUGUGAGGUACAAAAAUAUUUAAAAAGUCAGACUGUGCUUAUAUAUAUCUAAGCCUUACCUAUUUAUCGUGCCACGACUGUGCCUUUUAGUGUAAAAAGUCGUAUUUGUUCCGACUUUUUAAAAUUAAUAUUACUAAGUGUACCACCUAAAGUCACGUGUUUUUUGUAAUAAAUUGCUCUUCACUGCCGUAGAUGGCGUUUCCCAAUAAGAUCAGACUUUGUGAACAAAGUACAAAGAUAGUAAGUUCACUUAUUAUUAAUAAGUAUAGAUUUAUAUUAUAAUUGUGUAACAUCCCCACCCAUUACAUUGCACUAAAUGUUAUAGAGAGAUUUCAGUCAUUAAUUUCUAUAUGCUUGUAACAACUUAAUCAUAGUGGUAGAUAAAAUCUACGUAAUUCUCUUUUUUCAUAGUAACUAUGGACUAUCAGGUAAAGUAAUUUCUUUAGUUUAUAAGAUACAUUUGACCUUAUCACACUGGUUGCCAAUUUACAUUAACUGGCAUUUGUCAUGUUAUUAAAUGCUAUUUUUAUAUUAACAAUUACAAAUGCGUUGAAAAGUUUUUUUUUUAAUAAUCAAGAUAUGUGCGAGGAGAAAAAAGCAUUUUUAAUAUAAUGCAGAUGGCUUAUAAUUUUAAUUUUUUAUUUUUAGUAAUAUAUUGAUUAACAUUGAAAUGUCUUAACUUUAUAUUUAAGGUAAAUUAAUUUUCACAUGGUUCUGUUUUUAUAAGAGAGAGGAUAGAAUCUUUAUUAAAUUGCGUUAUUUUUAUUUUGGUUAAAGUGCAAUCAUGUGACUUUUUAGUAUCGACUCAGCUAGUAUUUUCCAUGUGUAAAUUAAAUAUGAAAUAAAACUUUAUUUAGGUUUAAUA